AUGGCGACAACUGUGCCCGAGGUGAUCGUGGUGGGCCCCACGCGCUACCGCCACUUCGCCAGAGGGUCGCGGGACCUGUACGCACCUGAAGCGAUGCUGCCGCAGCCGUCACUGCGCCACGUGUGGAGCUACGCUGUAUCGCGCGAGCACAACAACGCGGUGUACUUCCACAACGAGGACAGUGGGCGCUCGCUGUGGGUGCUGCCACGUCUCACGCUCGACGGUAGCGAGAUCGAUGACGGGGAAGAUGUGAAAAUGGAGGCUGUCGGCUCAGUGGCUUCCGCUGCGUCGCUGCGCAGGCGCGACACGUCCAAGUCGAUGAGUGACGCGCAGCCGAAAGAGAAGGGGAGUGAGGCCCGCCGCGCCAUCGUGCGGCGGAGUAUCGAGGAUGCGGUGAAACAGGCUCUGGAGAAAAAGGAGGUGGAGACGGCAGCAACACUGACAAGAGAAGAAGUAGCGAAUUCUGUGUCGCCCAUGCAGAACAGCAAGAAUGAGGGAGACCUACCUGUUCGCGACAGACUUGCAAUGUGGCGCGCGAAGCGAGCGCAUCAACAACAGUCCAGUGGAGAAUAUCAACUCUCAUCCCCCGCCUUGACGCAGAACUCGUCCUCUUUGUAUAGUGUACCUUUGGGUCAUGCGGGUCAGGAGCGUCCGCCGCUGUACGGCCAGGAUGCAUCAACGGUAGGGCCUAGUGGCGCUGGGAGAGCGGGCUCCGGCAUUUUAGACAGCCAAGAAAGGAUGCGUACAGUUGCUGGACAGAACCUGGCUCCAGAUGGAGCACAGGAACUAAUGCGUCCGAAGCAGCAGCAGGAUAGCGCCCCGCUCGAACGCGAUGUGUAUGACGAGAAGAGGCGUUUGUUUCUUGCCGUGAAUGAUGAGUUGCAGCGGGAGAAGGAGGCGGCACUGCGAAAGGAGCGCCUCGCACUAGAGCAAGCGAGCCGCCUUAAGGAAGUGCAACAGCGCGAGGAAGAAGAGCGAACGAGGUUGGCGACGGAAAGGCGAAAGCUCGAACAACGGCGGUUGGAGCUGCAAAAGCAGGCGCUUGAGCGGCAGCAGGCGCUUCUGGCGAAGACGGAAGAGGAGACGGCCUGUCGCGAGGCGGCCGCGCAGCUGAACAGCUUCCUCGAGAAUAAGAAGCAGCUCGAAGAGAAGGCGGAAGCAGAGGGCCGGCGCGCUGCAUCAUUUGAGAAGGCGAUUACGCAGUCACUAAUGAGGGCAACAGAGGAGAGGCGCAGUGCGUCUGUGAAGGAGCGGCGUAUUGAUCUUCGCAUCCUCGAGGAUAGCGAAGAGGACGACGGCAUGGAGGAGCGGCGAGAGGUCGCGGCGGCAAGUCAUCCUCACACCCAACGAUCACAGCAGCAGAAUCAGAAGCAGCAGGAGCAGCAGCGUGGUCGUAUUGUGUACAGCCCGUCGCUCACGUACGUUGGGGAUGUGACGAGCGGGGGCCACAAUCCGCCGCGGUUUCUGCAGCGACAAGGGCAUGGAAAAUAUUUCUACGACGCCGCGCAGAAGACAUUCUUCGACGGCGAGUGGGCGGACGACAAGAGGAACGGGGUGGGCGCGCUUUCACUACCUCACCUCGCUGUGGAGGGAACGUGGCGCAACGAUGAACUUGACGGCUGUGCGACCUUUCAAACAAAGCGGCUGAAGGGCACAGGUGAGUUUGUAGAGGGUAUGCUGAAUGGCAAUGCGGUGAUCGAACUCGAUUGCAACAGCGUGUUCGCCGGUAGGCUCAAGGAGAACGGGGCUGUCGUGGACUCCGGUGCCAUGACGCUGCCGUCUGGCGACCACGUGGAGUGGAUCUCCGACGGGUUGGCGGAGGGAGGCAAGCGGCGCGCGUCCCAUCACCAUGAGAAAAACGGCAACGUCCAGAAGCGUAACUAUGGCAGCGGCUCAGGAAGGUGCCGCAUUCAGUUUUCGAACGGCGACGUGUACGUUGGGGAGGUAGAGAACUACCGGCCACAUGGCACUGGGUCGUACCGCUUCGCUGCUACUGGGCACGAGUAUGUUGGCGAGUUCCAGUGUGGCGUCUUGCAAGGGCACGGCACUUACCGCUUUGCCAAUGGCAAUGUCUACAUUGGGCAGCUGUACAAGGGCCUCUUUCACGGCGAGGGGAAGUACGUACAGCAAGAUGUCUACACAUACGAGGGGCCGUGGGACUACGGCACGGCCCACGGAAACGGGAAAAUGACAUUCACGAAUGGCGAUGUGUGGGAGGGGGAGUUUGACCACGACAGGCGUAUGGCGGGACGCUACACAUCGUCGCGGUUAUUUCAGUUGUAA